CCUUUCAUAUGACUUCCUCUUCACUUUUAGCAAAAAAAAAAAUUACACUGAACGUAAAAACCUUGUAUUUUUUCAGUGCCACUUUCUUCGAGAGUACUGAACAUAGCAUUAAACAUCACAGGAAUUAAUAUUUUACAAUCUAAUGAUGGGAAUGCAGUGUUUGUGGGUUGCUAGGACGAAUUAUUUACCUUAGUUAGCAGCCGUGCUACUACCGUACAAUGAGGCGAUGCUAAUGUCUGUUAGCUCUGAGCGAGUCCACACAGCCUUAUGAUAAUCAUUUGGUUGAACGUGGUGGGAGUUCUGGUACUAUUAGAAGAUUUUGCAGCUUUAUUCUAAUAUCUUUCAGUAAUGGAAGAAGUUGACAGGAUUUUAAUCCACUCUCUAAGACAGGCUGGCACUGAUAUAGAUGAAGAUGUGCAGAGUGUUAAGCAGUUCUCCAGUGAGCUCAUAGUGCAGGCGGUGGUACGAUGCUUGCGUGUGAUUGACCCGGGUGUGGGCAGUGGACUCUCUCCCACGCUGCCGCCUGGUAUGUCUGCCCGCUUCAGGGUGGGCAUGAGCCUGGCCCAAGCCUGCCAGGACUUGGGCUAUAAGGGAGAAAUUGGCUACCAGACGUUUCUAUACAGUAAUGAGCCAGAGAUCCGCUCUUUACUCAUGUUCCUGGUGGAGAAGCUGCCCAGAGAGAGUGCAGAGGUUUCUGACCAACCAGCAGGGAAGUCUGCUCUCCUGCAGAAAGCCAUAGCAGCCCAGAUUAAAGCUCAGCUGGCAUUGCCUUGGCUCCCUCCAUUCUGCAGACUGCCCCUGCAUCGCAAAACCCAGAGUCCUGGUCCAUGUCACAAUUUCAGUGCCCAGCCACUGAGUCUCCCAUACUCACUGAAAGGUCCUGCCAAGAAACAGUCUAAAGAAGUGAAAGAGUAUUGGAGGGAGUAUUUGCUGCCCGUAACAUCUCAGCCUUCUCAAGCCACCUCAGUGCCUGCCUCUCUGUUGGAGAACCAUGUUUCAGAACUCAGCGCAGCACAGGAGUGGGAGAACGAGUGGAACAGCCAAGGCCUUCUCUCCAGACUCACUCCUGAGGACUAUCGCUCAAGGAAAAGAAUGCGGCUGCAGAAGCGAAUAGAGGAGCAGCUGAGGGCGGCUGCCCAGCCUCGGCCCGACACACACAACGCCACACGUUCGACCUCUGACCUUUCCGAGCUGUUAAACUCCUUCGCUGGGGCUACAGCAGGAGGAGAUGUCUUGACCAAAGGCACACGCUUCACCCACUCUGAGAAAUUCACCUUCACACAGGAACCUGAGAAAGCCGCUCAGCAGAUGGCAGCAGCAGCAAGUGCACUUCCCAGCUCCCACCAAUCAGAGGAGGACCUAAAGGCCCAGCAGGAGGCAGAACUGUCUGCAAUCCAGCAGCAACUACAGCAGCUUUCUGUCCAAAUGGAGGAGGUGGGCGGAGACAUAAGGCAGCUCACAGUGUCCAUUCACCAGGUGUCAGAUGAGCUGAAACAGAGAGAGGUACGUAAUUCGGAGAAGGAAAGCACCAUCAGGGUUAAAAAACAGACCAUCGACCUCCUACCAGAUGCCGAGAACAACCUGAUCAAAUUACAGAGCCUGGUGGAGGCAAGCUCUAAGCGAGUGGUUCACUUGGCCUCUCAGUGGGAGAAACACAGAACACCACUUAUUGAUGAACACCGUCGACUCAAAGAACUCUGCAGUAAUCGAGAAAUGGAGUCCUCCAGAAAGUUAUCUGAAAUCAAAGACCUUCAUGAUAAAAUCCGACAGUCUGCUGAAGAGGCCAAAAAGAAGGAGAGCCUAUAUAAACAGCUGAUCACAGAGUACGAGACUUUGCCUAAAGAUGUCUCCCGCUCAGCCUACACUAUGAGGAUCCUAGAAAUUGUCGGCAACAUUAAGAAACAGAAGGAGGAAAUCACAAAGAUUUUGUCGGACACUAAAGAUCUGCAGAAAGAGAUUAACGGACUUACAGGAAAGCUUGACAGAACAUUUGCUGUAACAGAUGAACUGGUUUUUAAGGAUGCCAAGAAAGAUGAAUCUGUUCGUAAAUCUUAUAAAUACCUGGCUGCCUUACAUGAGAACUGCACCCAGCUUAUUCAGACUAUUGAGGACACAGGCAGCAUUAUGAGAGAGAUCAGAGAUCUGGAGGAACAGAUUGAGACUGAAAAUGGUAAAAAGACUGUUAGCAACCUGGAGAAGAUUCUGGAAGACUACAAGGCUAUUCGACAAGAAAACUCUGCCCUAGCAGCUAAGAUAAGAGAAGGUUAACUCAAACGGGGAAGUGUUUACCGGGACUAUACAGACACUAUGAUCGGCUCUGAUGGUAACACUAGUGUCACUCCAUCUCCAAGCUUAUGAGCCAACUGUGAUCCAACGUAAUUCCAACCCAAACAGCUACAAAGCUGCUUUUGGCUGGAGAUGUGGACACAAUACUCUUUUGUAUCAAAAUGAAAGAAAUUUAGUUUGUUGUGAAAAUGUUGGAACCAUUUGAAUGUAUUCUGAUCUUCUCUUUUUCCCCCUCAUUUGGCCUUGACUGCAGUGGUUCAAGAAGGAUUGGUACAUAUGCUUUGCCUGUAAAUACACAAUGACAACUUUAUUGUGUAGCCAAAAAUGUCCAUUAACUGUGACCCCUGUUAGUCAAAAUAGCUAACGAGAGCACUGGAAUCUUACAGAGAUGUGGUUAAAUUUAGGACGCUAUGCAUGAGUUUGAAAAGAUUUUCAGAGCGACCCAUCUUAUGUAGCAUCUAUGCUAUGUAGGAUCUUAUAUAACAUCUACGUAGUGUCUUGCACAUGGGUUUGAACUGCAAUAUGAAUUUGCAAGAGGUGAUCUAAAAUCAGUGUUUGCCUCUGAUCUACAGCAGUCAAUCAAGUCAUAUAAUUGAGUAAGCUUAUCAUUGUCUUUAACUGUUAAGCCGAGAACACUGAUUGUUUCCUACAUCUCAUAUCCUGAGAGAAUUAGGAUUAACAAUAAGUCCAAUCAAGUAUUAUCUCAAAAUGGCUUCCAAUUAGAGCCAAUCUCUAAUGUGUUUGAUUUUAGAGAUACCACACACAAAAACAAUGGUUGCCAAUUUCUUUUUAAUCAACGUGUCAUAUGUGGAUACUUAGUCUAGUCGAACAAAUAAACUGUCCAUGUUUCUUGUACUGCAAAUUAUCUGUGGCAGAAUGAUUGACUGCAGAUUAGCUGGAGUUAUUAUGAAUCAUUAGGCCCUGUUGAAUGUUCCAACUAAUGUGCAAAAAUUGAGCAAAUCUCCACCAAGGAACGGUUUAGAAAAUCCAGCUUCUUUUAUACCAUUGUGAAAUUCUUGUCACUCAUUUGAUUAAAAAGAAUGCAAAAAGAAGUAUUAGUGAAAUGUAUUUCAAAUUUUGUGUACUUUUGCAUACUGAUAUAAUAAUACAUACAUUAAUGCAUCAUAAGUGUUUUGUAUUUCCUCUGAAAUAUUUAUCAUAUUAGGCUUUUGUGUCUGUCUGAGAAAUGUCCUCACAAACACAAAUGUGAGGUGUAAACAUAAGGGUUAUUGAUCCUCUAAGUCCAGAUGUAGUGUUGAGGACAGUGUACGUGAGCGCACAUUCAUCAGCUGGGCUACUAAUCAGUAAGGCAAACCAUGGAUAAGGAUACAGAGACAGGAAGCGUUUGCUUAAUUCUUAUCAGUUUCUUGAAGUCAAGAUUGACGUUUCAGGAUACAAAAUUGCAUAGUUUGUUAUAGACAAAUUGACAUGUAUCCUUUGCAACACUGCAACAGUUUUGAUGCUGAUUUUUCUGUUACUUCUAUUUAUUGAAAGACUCUAUUUCUUUAUCAUUCAUUCUGUCAUGUGUCAUUAUGCCGGUUUCCAUGUAGAGGUGGCUAGAUAGAAUUGGGUAAAGAAUAUUUUAUUGAGAACCACACAGAUAUUUGCACACAAUGUUGGAGUUUAACUUUUUUUUUUUUUAAACAUGUCAAGGCUAAUUCUAAAUCAACACAAUGGAGAUCUUUCUUAUGGAAGCUAUAGUAGAGACUCAGUCAGUCUUCCAGGGCAACCGGAAUUAGCAGAAGUGGCUUUAGUUUUGGAUAGGCAAAGUAACUUAGGCUUUUACUAGGCCUGUCACGAUAACUACUUUUGUUGGACGAUAUAUUGUCCCUGAAAUAAUUGCGAUAAACUAAAUUAUUGUCAUUUUAAGACUAUUUUAUGCCACCGAUAUAAUAAUAUAAUAGCAUAAUAAUGGAGGUACAUUCAUUCAAAGAGCAAUGAACUUUUAAUUCGUAAGAAUAUUCAGACAUUGGUAUUGGAAUGUUAAAAAUAGUUUUUGUCUUCUGACGAAAAUAUCCUUUACAUUUAGUCAGUAUUUCGUCAUGGCAUAUUUAUUCAUUUUACUCUGACUAAAAUGGCAUUUAGUAUUAUUCACUGGCAUUUUAAUUGAUGAGAAAAUGCAAAAAUUAAACCAAAUAUUCACACAUUUUAUAUAUUAGCAAAAACAUGUGAAAACUGCUCUUGUUGUGAACCUGAUCUCCUGAAAUAUUACAAUGAGU